CAACCAACGGCUCGCGAAGCAGCAGCGAGGGAGCUACGACAAUGGCCGCCGCAAUCUACUUAGCUUCCUCUAAACCUUCUUCCUCUCCUCCAUGUCUUCCUCUCCCACGCCGUCCCUCCUCGCCUCCUCCUUCCUCGACGCUUCUUCUUUCUGGACGAGGCGAUCGCCGGGGAACGGUGGCGGUGCUGCUGGCUGGGGGAGUCGCAGCCCUCGCCGCGGCGGCGUCAGCUCAGGCUUUGCCGGUCGGAUCUCCCGCGAUCGAUGCUCUUUCUUCUCUCCAGGAGCCCGAGAACGCGCUGUCUCUGCCCACCUGGGCGAUCCACGUCUCCAGCGUCAUCGAAUGGGUCUCUGCGAUGGCAUUGGUGUGGGAAUACGGGGAGAAGUCCGGGCUCCAGACUUGGAAAGGUCUCUGCUGGGGAAUGGUUCCACUUCUUGGAGGAGCAUUUUGUGCAUGUACAUGGCAUUUCUUUUAUAACUCAGAGUCUCUUGAGGUAUUGGUAGCUCUUCAGUCAGCAUUGACAGUUCUUGGCAACAUAACGAUGUGUUUUGCUGCAUAUCGAAUAUAUAAAGCAUCCCAAGAAGGCUCAACGAGCUCCUAAGUUGAGUCGGAGAAAGUUAGGGUCUCAAGAUUGAAAUAUUUGCUAUGAAAUUCAUCAUUCUGUGCUGAUCGACACACGAAAUAGAUUUGGGUCUCAAGAUGAUGCAAAUGCAUGAUUUCCAGCUGACCUUGAAUUGCAGCUUGCACGAGCUACGACCUUGAGUUGUACACCUUUGCCAAAACAUGUAAGCAACCAACUCAAACACUAAUGCUAAAGCGUUUAUUGAAUUUGCAUGAAGAAGAAUAAAACGAUGAGACAUCUUCAUAA